GCAUCCAGCGCUUUGCUGUUCACGAGCGGCAGACAAGUGGAUUGCAACGCAAUCUGCAGUUGUUCCAAAGAGCGGAUCUGGUGUGGGAGAGAUCUGUGGGCCGUUGUCUCUUUCCUUCCCAGUCCAUUCCAUGGUCUUCCUAUAUAUUUUGCCCUCUUCCUACGUUUCUCGUGUUGUAAGUUUUGAUUACUGUAGCUGAACUAACAAGCUUAGGAUUUUCGAGACCGAGAGGUGUACAGAAAAGGUAUCGUGACUGGAUCGUGAAGUUUUGAGGAGAAGAACGCAAAGAAUUGGUGUUGAUAAGUCUUUCGUCUUGACGUGCAAAAAGCAAGACGAGCAAAUAUGGCUUCGGCACAUAUCGAACCCAAGGAUGUACAGACGUAUUCUACCAUGUUCAAGAACCCAGAGCACUUGGAAACGCAAACGUGCACCAUAACCUCCAAGAAAGAUGAGUCACAGCCCAUGCGCGUUGUAGAGUUUCACGGGAAAAUGGACAUGAAAGUGAAGAUCCGCCCAAAACCUUUGAUCACAAAUCCGGCAGACGUGAUUCUUCGUGUCACCACAACCGCCAUUUGUGGCUCCGACCUGCACAUGUACAUGGGCGCCAUGCCAGGAAUGAAGAGUGGCGACAUUGUUGGUCAUGAGUUCAUGGGCGUGGUGGAAGCUGUGGGUCCUGAGGUUAAAGAUAUUAAAGAAGGUGACCGUGUAGUCGCCGCGUUCGACAUUGCGUGCGGGCAGUGUUCAGCCUGCAAAUUGGAAAACUAUUCUGGCUGCGAUUCCACCAAUCCAUCUUGGGAACAGGACGUGAUGUACAAGGACAGAACUUGUGGCAUGUUUGGCUACUCUCAUUUAACCGGCGGAUGGGAUGGUGGUCAAGCUGAGUUCGUGCGCGUUCCAUUUGCUGAUCGGAACUGCUUGAAGGUUCCGGCAGAGCUCGACGACGAGCAUGUCAUUCUCUUGUCUGACAUUUUACCUACCGCAUGGCACGCGAAUGAGUUAGGCCGUGUUGGGAAAGGUGACAAUGUUGCAAUCUGGGGUUGUGGACCAGUUGGUAUACUGGCUGCUCAAUGUGCGUUUCAGCGGGGAGCAUCCCGCGUGGUCAUAAUCGAUGAACAACCUUUCCGCUUGGACUUCGCUAAGAAGAAAGUGCCGGGCCUGGAGACUAUAAAUUUCAAGGAGAAGAAAACGGUCGAAGAGCUCCGCAACUUGUUUUCACACGGUCCCGAUGUUGCUAUUGAAGCCGUUGGGGUCCAUUAUGUGUCGAAUCCUCUCCAUAAAUUGGAGGUUAUGAUUGGAUUGGAGACUGACAGUACUGAAGUCAUAAACGAGUGUAUUUAUGCUGUUCGCAAGGGAGGGCGUAUCGGUGUUGUGGGUGCUUAUGCUGGUUACGCCAACCAUUUCAACCUUGGAGCCUUCAUGGAGAAGGGUUUGUCCAUGGCAGGAGGUCAAACACCUGUGCAGAAAUAUUGGCCUACAUUACUGCCACUUGUGCAAUCUGGAGAAUUGGAUCCAACCACAGUCAUCACACAUAUCCUAGGUCUGGGUGAAGCUCCGGAAGCUUACAAACAUUUCAACGCAAAAGACGAAGGAUGGAUCAAGGUGCUGAUGAAACCACAAAGCGACACCGAUGUCAUAACCGUAGAAGGUCCAGGCUUGAAAGAACGUGCUCGUAACUUAAUCUCUGGUGCUGUCUCUGGAACUAUUCACACUGUCCAGAAAGUAUCAGAGACCGUGUCCUCUGCUACGGGAGUCAUGAGCACUGAUGCAAAUAAAACGGCAUAAAAUUAUGAUGGCCAACAUUUUAGUUGCUCUGCAGCAAGAAGCUGUCUAUUUCCAAUUUCCACGAGGGUUAUAUGAGAGUGCUGUCAAGACUUGACUUAAUGUGCAUUGUGAUGAGAUCUUCUGUACAGUGCACAGUUUCGGAGGGCAUCUUGAGAAGGAUGGAAUUUCUGGCUUAGUGCGGUGUGUGACAUAAAGAAGUCUUCGUCCCAUUUCAAAGGGAUUUUUAAGCAGUUACAAAAGCCGUCUCUGUGCUCACCGAAAUGAGUCGGUGGUGCUGAUCAAGUAGAGCUAGGAAUCAGUGUAAUAUCGGCAGGGAAAAACAUUGCGUGUGAAGGUAGGAUUUGUUGAAAAAGGCCUGAAGCAUCCAACACUGUAUGUGUGUCUAUAUAUGUAUAUAUACAUAUGCAUGGCUGUUCAUAUGGAUGUUUCCCUUGAUGAUGCAAUGCACAUUUCGUGCAUUUACUCACGGCACAUGAGCUCUGCUCUUUAUGUUUGAUUCCAGCUAAUCAACUUUAAUCAACA